UCAGACAGUGCGGCAAACGCAUUUGCUGCACUUAUCCCACUGCUGACAUCAGCCUCAGGUGCCUCAUCACAGGACAGUCCGGUAGGGGACAAGCCAUCGCGAUACUUGGUGGUUAAGGGCCUCCCAACAAUCCCUAUGAAAUUAGCGGAGAAGUUUCUCCCAGCUCCGAGAGUCCUACGUUUAGCCGAGCUGAGCCCAAAGGCCUCGUCUCUGCAGGACAGCUUGGUAGGAGCCCUGAGCCAUUUUCAAGCACUGCAACAACAC